UGUGUGUGUGUGCUGUCGCUUGGUUUCCAGCAGUAGCAGCUGUUAGGGGGUCUGGCUGAGCCAAUAUAACCAACACAACACUGCCUAUUUCUGUAGCAUGCGUUGUUCUAAAGGUCAGAGAAAGAGCAAGAGAGUGAGUCAGAAAAUUUACAGGAGAGAGAGAGAGAAAAAGGAAAAGAGAGGAAAAGAAAUACAGAUCUCGCUUUGACUGUGCAGUAACAGUGAAGUCUGAAAAUUCUUUAGGCAGAACCCGAACACAAAUGGAUAACUCCACAGUGGCCAGUGGGACAGAGGAAAGCAAGAAUAAGAAUGUAGCAGAAGAAUCCCCUGAGGAAGAAAGUGACGCUGGGUGGAACUCUGAGCCAACGAGCAUGACCUCUAAAAGUAAAGGAGAAACUAAUGAGGAAAAUGGAGAGGAAGAGCCACAUCCACAUGCAGGAUCCAGUGAAGAAAAGACAGAAGUUACCACAGAGUGUAAUCAUGCCCAAGACACUGAAGGAGAAAAGGAUUUAAACAAAGACAGAGAGGAAGAGACUUUGACAGAGGAAGAGAAAAAAGAGUGUGGCAGCAGAAAAGAUACUCAUAUAGAGAGGGGCAAGAGUACACAUAAAGAUGAGUCAAAAAAAGAGAAAGAAGUCACAGAAACAGGAGACAACAAACUUGCUGAAGAAGAAGAAGGAAAGACUAAAGCUAAAAGCGACUCAGUAAAAGAGCAACCAUGUGAGAAAGAUAAAAACAUGAAAGAAGAUGAAAAAGAGAAUGAGAAAGACAAAGCCUCAAAAUGUUCAGUUCAAGAGACAGCAGAUCAGAAAACCAAGGCCAAAGAAAAAGAAGAAAUCAAAGAUAAACCAGAAAAGGUGAAAAGCAAAGGUGGGGCCACUCCGUCUUCCUCCAGUCUUCGAGCACUGGCUUCUUCACGGCCGAGGAGUGCCCGACCUUCAGCCCGAAGGGAAGCCAUGGCAAAGUUUCAACAGGAUCAGACUCCGGUGGUCCGCAACUUUAAGGUCCAGAAAAUGUCUGUGGGCGUGUCUGGUGGGGCAUCGAUCAAACAGAAAAUACUCCAAUGGUGUAGCAACAAAACACGAGACUAUGAGGGUGUUUCGAUCGAGAACUUCUCAUCCUCCUGGAGCGAUGGCCUGGCUUUCUGUGCACUUGUUCACCGAUUCUUCCCUACUGCGUUUGACUUCUCCACACUUAAAGCCAGUGAGCGAGAAAAGAACUUCACCCUGGCCUUCAGCACUGCAGAAACUCUGGCUGACUGCUGCCCCCUCCUGGACGUAUCAGAUAUGUUACUCAUGGGAAAGAAGCCAGACCCUUUUAGUGUAUUCACCUAUGUCCAGUCCCUCUGCCAGCACCUCUCUAAAAUAGAGCGAGAGAGGAAAGAGCGAGAGAAGGCUGACGAUGCCAAGAAUAAGGGUGAAACUGAUGAACAAGGUGAAACAGAAGGACAGGAACCAAGUGAAGACAGACAGCAGGUGAAAAGAACAGGAGAGGAGCAGGAGGAGGAGAAAGCAGAAGGAGAAGGAGAGGGGGAUCCCGCUGAAGGGAAAGUUGGACCUGAACAAGAAGAAGAAGGACCAAAGAUGGAAACAGAUCAAAAUGACAAUGUGGUAAUCAGUGAGAAGUAAGACUUAGUAAAUCUAGUAAAUGAGCUACUGCCAGACAAAGCAUGUGAGGAAGAUAGAGUGGGGUAAGAACCAGAGGCACAAGUCACAAGAACUAAAGAUGAUUAGAUUGUUAUUAUUAAUAAUAUAGCUAUAAUAAUGUGGGUUAAGUCCCUUCAAUAUUAUAAAAAACAGUAUUACUAAUGUCAGCUACACUGAAAUAGAUACAGCAAAUAUACAGUUUUAACUAUAAUAGCUGUAAUAAAAUUGAUACAGUAUUAAUAAUAUAUACAGUAAUAAUAUUAUACAAUGCUUUAAAAAAUAUAGUGAUAUUUAUGUUGUGUGUUUUUGCCAAGAUUGUUUUUGUUACUAUUAUAAGCUACACAAAUUACUGAAUAGUCUUUAAUAUAUGUUAUGCUAUUUUAUUAUUCUCUCACUGAAUUAUUAUUAUUAAAUAAUUGAAUGUGAUUGUAUGGCACAGGAACUACUGUUGAUUUGUAUGCUGACUGUUGUUAAGUGUUUGGAAAAUAUGUAAAAAAAUAAAUACAAAUACAUCAA